AUGGCCAUGAAGAAGUUCUUCGUUGUGAUUACCAACCCAUUGCCACGGAAUGUGGCUGACUUAGCGGGGGCUGGGAAUGCCCCCGCGGGCGAACGAUUAAAAUUUGAAACCUCCCUAGAGAUGCAACACAUCGCAGAUGACAGCCUCUUUGUUCUUGGCUGCAUCCACCCCACGCAAGAGGCUGCAGAGCUGCAGCAUGGAGGGUGGAGGGUGUCGAUGUGCAGUUCCCAUGCCGCCAGUCCGGAAAGGUGGGGCCGGCAUCCCGGCGCCCGCGAGACGUUCCCGGACCGGAGUGGGGCCGGCUCCGGCACGAAUGUCCAAAGACCCUGUAAACCUGCCACCGCUGAUUUGAUUGCAAACCGUACCGGCGAUGGAGGCUGGAAAGAGUCGGCCAUUCCAGUCUUCUUUGUAUACACCCCAUUGAGUUGCUUAGUUCACACUUUGCGCAUUCGCGAUGGUGGUUGCACAUUUCGGGGAUAA